UCCAAGAAUCGUCUCGAUAAACAUAGCAUACUUACAUAUAGAGAUGUAAGCUAUCGAAUCAUUCAGUCACCAUCGUAACGUCAUGAAUGCCAACAAGGAAAUGACAAAGUGUAAAAUAGGGUUUCGUCCAUGCAGUCUACGUCCACGAGAAGCACACGUGGCACAAUCAAGCCCAGAGAGGAGCGGUUACGGUGAGUACCACUUUUGUAAUCACCGUGGCUACUAAGGGUAGGAAUGGUAUUCUGGUGCUUAUUGUUUUGGUAGUGAUGCUAAAUUUUAUUGGUAGUGUUUACAUUGGGUAGGAAUGGUAUUCUGAUGCUUAUUGUUUUGGUAGUUAUGCUAAAUUUUAUUGGUAGUGUUUACAUUGUGUUAUUAGUGUAUAUAUGUUUCGAUGGAUUGAUAUUCAAUAUUGAAAAUGAGUUGCUUGACCACUUCCAGAAAUACCAAUAUCAUUAUAGAAAUAAAACAAGAAAUCAAUGCCAAAACAUAAAAAAAAACUAUACCAAUACAACCGAUCGAGACUAACCAAUACAACUACAGAAAAAAUAGUACCAUUACACGGCAAAAACUACCAAUAUAAACAAUCUAUACCAUUAUAAGAAUCAAACCAAUACCAAAAUCAAUAAGCACAACUACUACAAUAAAAACAAAACAAUACCAUUCCAUAAAUCAAAUCACCACCACUGUGAAGACCAAAUAAAUACCAUUCCACACCAACAUAAAAACCACUACAAGAAACAAAUGAAUACCAUAAUAAAAACAAACCCAAUACCAUAUCAAAACUGAACCAAUCGAAGAUGGAUUGGAGAAGACUUGCACCCUGGUCCUCCUCUGUCUAUGCAAAUCAAACAAAAUGGCGUAGUGUUUUAUCGAUAUCAUCUAAGAUGAAGGAACAAGAAGAAGGGGCUGUCAAUUGAUCAUUUCCAAACUCUCUUCCACUGCAUUUAAAUAGAGAUCUACACAAACCCUUCAUAUAACAUAAAGAGCAAUCACCAAUUCACUAAUACAUUAGCCAUGGCGGCACUAGUACUACUACUGUCCAUCUUUCUUCUUCUGUUGACGAUGACAAUGGCGACGAUCGCCUCCUUCGAAGAGGAGGAUCCGUACAAGUGGGGUUGUCGGGACGGGCACGGCAGAGUCAACGAGGAGACGGCGGCCACGACGAUGCAGGCUAUCCUCGACAAUAUGGUCACUACACUGCCGUAUAGAAGGGAGGGGAGAGGCUGGUGGAGGGUGAGCGGUCGGCGGGAAGGGGAAGGGAGAGAGAGAAGGGAGGGGUGGACGGCUGAUGGUGGGAAGGGAGUAGCGGUAGGGUUUGCCUACAAUAUAUAGGAUAAUCAGGUGUGAUAUAUUAUUAUUUCCAAAGCUACCUCUAAUUAAUUAUAACGGUUAGAUUAAAAAUAAUGGUACAGAUGUAGGUUGCCACGGUGACAAUCAUUUUUUUAGUUGCCACCUUAACUCAUUCUCAGAGGGGAGUAAGUUGAUCUUUAUUUCUCUCGUCGUUAGUAGCUGCACUAUAUGUAUAUUGAUAAGUGCGUGCACGUAUUUGAUAUAACGAUGAAAAGUCAUAUCAUUUAUAUUUGAUCUAAUCUAGUAAAAUUUUCUGUCCUCGUCGAGUAUGAAAAGUAGCUAAAUAUUAUUUAGCUAAGUUGAACUCAAUAUAAUUGUGGUGUUUACUAUUACUGCUUUGAUCAUAAUUCAUAAUGCUAAUGUAGAUGAUUUAGAAUUUAAGAUGGUGGUAGAUUGACCGGUUAGGUUAUCAUAGGACUUUAAUAUCAUGGUGUUUGUUAAUUUCUUGCGUUAUUGUGCCAACAAAUCACCUACCUAAUCACUAAUCAAUUAUCGCUAAUCAGUAAUCACCACGAGACGAAAAUAAAAAAUAAAAAUUAUAUGAAAUGAUAAAAUGGAACGAAGAAGAAGAAGAAAAGGACAAGCCAAAACCAAACUGAAAAACAGAAUCACCACCUCCACCACCAUCAUCAAUUUUGCUCCUUUCUCCCUUUUUUCUCCUCUUUCGGCUGCCGGAGGAAGAGGGUUUCUUUCGGUAAUUUUGCUUACGCCCUCGCACCCCGUUGUUUCUCUAGCAGUCUCCUGAAUUCCCUCGCUGUCGCUUAUGCCAUUUCCCCCAUUUCUAUCCCUCCUCCCUCUCACAAACUCACUCUUCCACCUCCUCCUUCUGUUUGUUUCUCCGAUUGAUUGAUUGAAGAGGCAGAAAGGAAAACGAAAACCCAUAUCAUGCAUCAUAGAUUCGCUCCCUGCAUGAUCAUGUAUGCUUGAUUCUUUUUAUCUGUUGAAAGUUCGUCAAUAAUGCCGAUUCGUUCAUGGAAUUUGGUUCCCUGAUCAGGUUUUAUCGUGUGAUUGUUUGUUUGACAUUUUGGGGGGUCCUUGUCUGGUGCAGGAUGGAGCUCGACGAUGCUUAUUGAAAAUGUCAACAGAAGAAUAGAAUCUAACGGGGGGUUUUACUAAUCUGCUAUCGUUUUCAGAACCGCCUGCUGCUUUUGCUGUUGUUUGUUUUUUCUCUUCUUCUAUUUCGCGUGUCAAUCAAGGGGGAUAGCUGCUGGGGAAGUUGAUUGUUGCUGAGUAGGUUGACGACGAUAUGGGUUAUCUCAAUUCGGUGCUCUCGUCUUCGAAUCAGGUUUAUGCGGAGGAUGGUCCUGUAAGCGGGGGUGGUCUCAGGUUUGUUUGUUCCCCCUCAUUCCACAAUCCAUUUCGAAGUUGUUUAUUAUGACGAUAUGAUUGACUUUAGAUCUAUGUCGUAGUGCUCGCCUGGGGCUGAAACCUUGUCAUGUAUUAUUGCUCAAGUGGUUUGUUUGACCUGCUGUAUGUUCUCUCAGAUCAUCUUACGUUGUUGUGGUUUUGUUGUUGCUUUCCUUGAUGUUGUGUUCAGUUUUGGGAGUCUUGAUGCUGUUUAUAAGUCGAUUCUGAGCCGUUUGCUAAGGAUCCAUUUCUUCAUAUAGAGGGAUCUUACUGUUCUGGUUCUUCUUCCUUUUAAGGGAGCCAGAGAACGAUUUGUUGGUGUGGGUUGCUUUUGAAAUGACAUGGUCUUACAUAAGCAAAUAGAUUCUUGUGUUUUCUUGGAGGUGCAUUUGCCAUGGCAUGUUCUCCCUGAAGGAGUAUGAAAGAAUCAAUGGUCUAGUUUGAUGGGCAGAGAAUUUUCACUUAGGUGGUCUUUGUUAAGAAGCUCAUUCACGCCUUGAUUUCUGUUUGCUUAGGUUUCAUGUUCUUACAAGGUGUUAUUGAAGACUUUCUUAUUAGUGAUAGUUCAUUAACUAAGAAGGGUCUUAAUGAACCUACGGAAAGAGU